AGAUGAUGUUGGAGAAAGAUUUAUUUUUUACAGAUAGGAUCUACUUAUCCACUUUAUAUACAUAUUUAAUAGAUGCUGAGCAAAUAUUUUAGUGUUAAUAAUUUUUAGGUGAUCCCUUCGAAUUGUAUACAUAAUCAGUGCAAAAAAUUGUUUGCAAUCAUUCCAAAAUCCAUCAAGGAAAUCCGACAACUUAUCCAGUUCAUACAAUUAAUCGAACUAAAUAACUAUGAUUUGUCGACAAUUUCAUCAAAAAAAUCCGCGGAGUUUGAGCCAGUGGUGGCGAUUUGUUUCCUCCGCCACCGCUCCGCCGUCGAGGGCCUCCAGCGCCGCCGCUGAUUCGGAGCUGGUUCCUGUCUUCCGAGCUCAAGAUGACAUUUUUAAGAAGCCCAAAAUGUUGUUUUCAUCGAAGAAUCGUUGCCCAGAAAGUUCUUGGAGCAUGCCAAUUGGGAUUAGUAGGUGUAGAUUUUCGACUCAAACUAUGGCCGAUGCCCCUUUCGAUGGUGUGGUAGAUGUGCCUUUGGCGCAGACUGGUGAAGGAAUUGCGGAAUGCGAACUUCUUAAAUGGUUCGUUCAGGAGGGUGAGCAAGUCGAAGAAUUCCAACCACUUUGUGAGGUUCAAAGCGACAAAGCAACGAUAGAGAUCACAAGUCGUUACAAAGGAAGAGUUUCGAAGGUUCUUCAUGUCCCCGGUGAUAUUGUUAAGGUCGGAGAAACUCUUUUGAAGAUGGUUGUUGACGAAGAUGCCCUCUUUAGUCAGCCUUCUGAAAUAUUGGAAGUUAUCAAGGCACAAGUUCCCGAUGCAAGUAAACCAGAAGAUGCUGGUCCAGGUGUCAGUAAACCAAAGGUUGGCGGUGUGAGGUCCACGCCUGCUGUUCGUAAUCUUGCAAAACAAUAUGGUGUAAAUAUUGAAGAUGUUCGUGGAACCGGUGAAGAGGGGAGAGUGUUGAAAGAGGAUAUCCUUGCUUAUGCUGCUCGUGGAGGUGUUCUGAGCGAAACCUCAGCUUCUGCCGAUCAAAGUCUUGAAGGAGAUCAGAUCAUCCCGAAUAUUUCUUCGACAUAUGGCUGGGAGUAUGAAGACCAGACUAUCCCUCUGAGGGGAUUCCAGCGUGCUAUGGUCAAAGCAAUGACGUUAGCUGCGAAAAUUCCACAUUUCCAUUAUGUGGAUGAGAUAAACUGCAAUGCCCUCGUCGAGCUCAAAGCAUCCUUCCAAAGAGCGAAUUCUGAUGCAGGCGUUAAGUACACUUUCCUUCCUGUUCUGAUAAAGUCUCUUUCGAUGGCAUUGAGCAAAUAUCCCAUGCUUAAUAGUUGCUUUAGUGACGAAUCGCAAGAGGUGACUCUCAAAGGAUCCCACAACAUUGGUAUUGCGAUGGCUACUCCACACGGUCUAGUCGUACCUAACAUUAAGAAAGUUCAGUCUCUCUCCAUCUUCGAGAUCACAAAGGAGCUGGCGCGGCUCCAAGAGUUGGCCCUGGCUAACAAGCUCAGUUCCGAUGACAUAUCGCGUGGAACCAUCACCUUAAGCAACAUCGGUGCAAUUGGAGGGAAAUUCGGCUCCCCCCUCAUCAAUGCACCCGAAGUUUCCAUUAUCGCGAUUGGAAGAAUCCAGAAAGUUCCACAGUAUGACGAAGGCGGGAACGUGUAUCCCGCCUCGAUUAUGACGGUAAACAUAGGCUCUGAUCACAGAGUUCUCGAUGGUGCAACGGUCGCAAAGUUCUGCAACGAGUGGAAGCAAUUCAUCGAGAAACCCGAGCUCCUGAUGCUUCACACAAGAUGAUCUGAGCCCGCCUGCGUCGCUGGGGAUGCGUGGACGCCUGAGGGCGUCGCCUGAAUACGAAAACAACGCGUACGAAACACAGCACAAGAAGUGGCGUUUACAAGAAGCAAUAAAGAAAGAAACUGCAAUGUAAGGACUCCUUUUGCUUUUCAAAGAAAAAGAAGAAAAAAACUAAAAUUGUCUUACAACUGAAAGCUCGUUAUCAGACUGCUUCGUCUCA